ACCCAGACACGCCACCCGCGACCCUUCUGAUCCUGAGAGAACUCUGCAGACUGCAAAGUCCCCUCCUCACCAUGGCGCCUGGAGAGAAGAUCAAAGCCAAAAUCAAAAAGAAUCUGCCGGUUCGAGGCCCCCAGGCACCAACCAUUAAGGACCUGAUGCAUUGGUACUGCCUGAACACUAACACCCACGGCUGCCGCCGCAUCGUGGUGUCCCGAGGCCGCCUUCGGCGUCUGCUGUGGAUCCUGUUCACGCUGACCGCAGUGGCCCUCAUCAUCUGGCAGUGUGCCCUCCUCGUCUUCUCUUUCUACACUGUCUCUGUCUCCAUCAAAGUUCACUUCCAGAAGCUGGAUUUCCCUGCCGUCACUAUCUGCAAUAUCAACCCCUACAAGUACAGUGCUGUGAGUGACCUUCUGACUGACUUGGACAGGGAGACAAAGCAGGCCUUGCAGUCCCUGUAUGGGGUAAAUGAUUUUCCAGAGGAUACAACUCAGAAACGCCGGGAAGCAAGAUCCAUUCAAUCCACUUGGGAAGGCCCGCCACCCAGAUUCCUCAACCUGAUCCCGCUGCUGGUCUUCAAUGAGAAUAAGAAGAGAAAGGCCAUGGACUUCUUCACUGGUCGGAAGCGGAAAAUCAGUGGGAAAAUCAUCCACAAGGCUUCCAAUGUCAUGCAUGUUCACGAGUCGAAGAAACUGGUGGGAUUUCAGUUGUGCUCAAAUGACACCUCUGACUGUGCCACCUACACCUUCAGCUCAGGAAUCAAUGCCAUCCAGGAGUGGUACAAGCUUCACUACAUGAAUAUCAUGGCGCAGGUGCCUCUAGAGAAGAAAAUCAACAUGAGCUAUUCUGCCGAAGAACUGUUGGUGACCUGCUUCUUCGAUGGGAUGUCCUGUGAUGCCAGGAACUUCACACUUUUCCACCAUCCAAUGUAUGGAAAUUGCUACACGUUCAACAACAGAGAGAAUGCCACCAUCCUCAGCACCUCCAUGGGGGGCAGUGAGUACGGACUGCAAGUCAUCUUAUACAUAAAUGAAGAUGAAUACAACCCCUUCCUGGUGUCCUCCACUGGAGCCAAGGUGCUUAUCCAUCAGCAGAAUGAAUACCCCUUCAUCGAAGAUGUGGGGACAGAGAUUGAGACGGCAAUGUCCACCUCCAUAGGGAUGCACCUGACGGAAUCCUUCAAGCUGAGUGAACCUUACAGCCAGUGCACAGAGGACGGAAGUGAUGUGCCCAUCACGAAUAUCUACAACGCUGCCUACUCCCUCCAGAUCUGCCUUUAUUCAUGCUUCCAGACGAAGAUGGUGGAAAAAUGUGGCUGUGCCCAGUACAGCCAGCCUCUGCCUCCGGCAGCCAAUUAUUGCAACUACCAGCAGCACCCCAAUUGGAUGUAUUGCUACUACCAGCUGUACCAGGCCUUUGUCCGAGAAGAGCUGGGCUGCCAGUCAGUGUGCAAGCAAGCCUGCAGCUUUAAGGAAUGGACGCUGACCACCAGCUUGGCGCAGUGGCCUUCUGAGGCUUCCGAGAAAUGGUUGCUGAAUGUUCUCACCUGGGACCGAGGCCAACAAAUAAGCAAAAAACUCAACAAGACUGACCUGGCCAAGCUCUUGAUAUUCUACAAAGACCUGAACCAAAGAUCCAUCAUGGAGAGCCCAGCCAACAGCAUUGAGAUGCUUCUGUCCAACUUUGGUGGACAGCUGGGCCUGUGGAUGAGCUGUUCUGUCGUCUGUGUCAUCGAAAUUAUCGAAGUCUUCUUCAUUGACUUUUUCUCUAUUAUCGCUCGCCACCAGUGGCAGAAAGCCAAGGAUUGGUGGGCCCGGAGGCGGGCACCUCCCUCCCCUGAGACUCACUCCAGCCAUCAGGGCCAGGAUAAUCCAGCUCUGGAUACAGAUGAUGACCUGCCCACUUUCACCUCUGCUAUGCGCCUACCUCCAGCCCCGGAAGCCCCGGUGCCUGGCACACCACCCCCCAGAUACAAUACCUUACGCUUGGACAGUGCCUUUUCCUCCCAGCUCACAGACACUCAGGUGACCAAUGAGUCCUGAGGCAGAACCAGAGGACAAUCAUAGUCUAAGGAGACUCUCUGACACAGACAGGCCCUCCUAUCCUCGCUUGAGGCUUUUGAUACAUGACUAACAGCCUACUGUGAACAGGAUGUGGCUUGGGAACCCACAGAAGGACCUGAUGGGCCCUGCCCAACAUUCAUAACUUCCAGGGUGAGUUAUACCCUGCAACCUGGACUUGGCAGUUCUGAGCUGGAGAGCCAGCAGCAAUGGCUUUGGUCAACAGUGGGCUCUUCACAGGACCCAGGAGAAGUGUGCUUCUAGAGCCCCAAGCUCAGGAGUUCACCUACAAUAUCCCUGGCCUAGGCUGUAGUCCAAGCACACCAUCUUGGGUAGCAAGGCUGGCCAGCCAUCACCUGAUGUGAUGAAAUUAGCACCAUCCUUGGGUAUCAACUGUU